UCUCCGCUGCAAACGAGACACCCGAUGCCUGGCGAACAUACCUGAACAGCGUGGAGAGCCUAUCUAUUUUAGAGACUGUGGCUCGACUGCUCGAGGCUGAAUACGUUUGUUGUUGAUUAUUUGCGUCCGAAAAGCCGGAAGUUGUUCAAGCAAAACGCACCCGGUGUAGCCGAGGCGGCUGUCACGGUUUAUUGUCGUGUGCAGGGACGGAGAAAAGACCCAGGAGUUAAAAUAUACCAAAAGGCACGUCGACAGUCUGCUGCUAUGAGCAGGGAGUUGAACGUGCCAAUGGGUUCCCCGACCCUAGGGCUCUCGGAGCGAGGCCCUGAUUGCGUGGGAAUGGACUACAGGGACUGGGUGCGACGGAGUUACCUGGAGCUGGUCAGCUCCAACCACCACUCGGUGCAGGCCCUGUCCUGGAGGAAGCUCUACCUGAGCCGGGCCAAGCUGAAGGCCUCCAGCCGGACCUCUGCACUGCUCUCUGGCUUCGCAAUGGUGGCCAUGGUAGAGGUGGAGUUGGAGAUGGACUACAGUUACCCCUCUGCGCUCCUCAUUGCCUUCAGCGUGUGCACCACCGUGCUGGUGGCGGUGCACCUCUUCGCCCUGCUGAUCAGCACCUGCAUCCUGCCCAACGUGGAGGCGGUCAGCAACAUCCACAACCUCAACUCCGUCAGCGAGUCGCCCCACGAGCGCAUGCACUACUUCAUCGAGCUGGCCUGGGGAUUCUCGACGGCCCUGGGCAUCCUGCUGUUCUUGGUGGAGGUGGUGCUCCUCUGCUGGAUCAAGUUCCUCCCCGUAGACUCCGGCGGCGCCCAAAAAGCAUCGCCCUGCUGCGUCAACGGCACGAAGCCCACGGCGCCCGCAAACGCGUAUCGCAACAGCGGCUGGCAGGCGGCCCUGGCCUCCACCAUCAUCAUGGUGCCGGUGGGGGUGAUUUUUGUCGUGUUCACCAUUCACUUCUACCGUUCUCUGGUGAGCCACAAGACGGAGCGGCACCACGAGGAGAUCGAGGAGCUGCACAAGAUCAAGGUGCAGCUGGACGGCCAUGAGCGAGGCCUCCAGGCUGUGUGACGGCAGGACUGCCGCUUUAAGGACUUCCUUCCGUGUCCCACAGGCAUCUCUUUCCUGACCGUUGUUUUCGGGGAUCGGUUCAGCAGACGGCCAAUACAUGCAAGACUGCUGGUUUAUUCUCGGGGUAAAGGGCGCUUUGUCAGUUGUUCGUUGGACCGUGUCUUUGUUUGAGAUCUGUUGGUCAUGUAGAAUGUAAAAGGUUUACAGAAAAAGGACUGUAAUGUUCGGAGUACCCUUUUAGUGUCUGUGUUUUUCAUCAGAGGGUUUGGUGACAGUCGCCAGUUAGAUUUUGGAUCUGGUUCCAAAUAUAAUACCUAGAUUCCCGCCGAGCCUAACAAAUGUCUUAUUUAAUCUGUUGUCUCCCAUCACACCUUGUGAGCAAAGAGCUGAUAGUUACAAAUGCCAUAAGUUACUUGCUGUAACGCCAGAUGUGAUUUGUUUGAUUUUUGCUCUGGUUUCUGUGCUCAGCCAGAUUGUUUGUUAGCUCCAGGAUCAAAAGCUCACAACAGAUGUGUUCCUUUGAUUUUCAGUUUCUUAUGAAUCUUAUUUCCUUGCAAAAAUGUUGCCUGUAAAAUGGAUUCAAUAAGGGAUUUUAUAAGAUAUUGAUUUGCGAAUCUCGUUUCAUAAUCCAUUUGAAUUUGAUGAAAUUCUAUUUGUGUUACAUCGAUAAUGUGGUCAGGUCUCACUGACUCAACCUGCUCUUCAGUCCGAGCUCACGUCUGACUGAGGCCAUCUGUAAAGUCUUAAAAUGCGGUCAAAUAUAGGUCAAAUGUCUCAACCUUUUGUCAUUACGCUUAUGAAGACCACGGCACCUGUGUAUUAAAAAAAGAAGUAAAGAAGAAGUAGCUCUAAAAAUAUGACUGUCUUACGGAAUUGCCAUUUUAUGGCUGUGCUGAAGGUUUACAUCUAUUUUUUUUUUUUUGCGUGUAAUGUAGUUGUGCGAGACGAUGUUUAAAGGUUGUGGAUGGAGAUGAGAACAGUACAUGUUGUCAUAAGCAUUACCUCGUCCCAUCCCAUUUCAAUUUGUUAACUGAAAGAAUCAAUGUUGGUUCCUGUUAGAAAACGAUCACAUUCCAAAUAAGAUGAAUGACCAAAGUGCAGCUUCGUUAGUUUGAGAAGCGACAGAUGUGCAUCUGUUUAGUUGUGUAGUGAGUGUCGGGUUCUUAUCAAAGGAUUUCCUGCCGUCUCAUGUUUGUGGUUUCUUGCUUCUUAAAUGGAAACUGCAGAGGGCGGGGGUUAGGGGAAGAGGAAAUUCCUCACCUGCAACAGAAAUCCAAAAUAAAAAUAUUAACGUUUU